AUGUCAGACUCUAGUUCAGACUCAAACUCUUCAGAAACACAAGAAAUUACAGACUCACAGCUUCAAGACGAAAGCAAAACUACAACGAAAAAAAAACUGAGAAAGAGCAAGAAAACAUCAAAUCUCUCAGAGGAGCAAAAGAAAGCUCACCAUAUUGCCUCUGAACAGAAACGAAGGGAGAAUAUUAGGUCAGAAUUUGACAAGAUUGUCUCCCUUACACCGAAUUUGACGCAACUGGAGAAUAGGUCGGAAUUAAAUAUUUUGACUAAAAGUGCUGAUUUCAUUGACAAACUCAAAGAAGAGAAUGUACAUCUUAUCGAAAUGUGUCGACAGCGCGGCAUAGCAGUGCCCGAAGAGCUAAUAUAUAAGGGCCCACAGAAUGAUGGAAGUGAUAUCGCCAAAUGA